UAUUAAAAUGCUUUGGAAAGAAUUGAGCACGACGCAGCCAGACUGCGUAGAAUGCACCCUGCCAAAGAGAUAUUCUAUUGUUGCUCGUGUUUAUCGCACAGUUGUCUAGCAAUUUUAUGGUGUAGACACAAACACAGAGAUAGGAAGUUUAUCUCAUUUAUUUUUAAAAACAAGAGAAGUAGGCUAAAAUAAUUUUUAUUGAAAUAGGAUGAAAUAGUUUGAACUGGAUCAAUCUGGCUCACGAUAGGAACUAGUGAAGGGCUCUCCUGAGCACGGUAAAGAAACUUGUGGGCCCAUACAAUUUGGGGAAAUUGUUGAGUAGCUGAGUGACUGACGGCUUCUCACGAAAGAAUGAGCUCCAUUUUGUUAGUUAGCUAGUUAGUUGAUUAGUUGACUAGUUAGUUAAUAUUAUAACCAGAUCACUGGAGAGCAUAUCUGUUUCUAAAAUAAUAACUUUCCAUGGGGAUUUCGGAUGAUACUGCAUCCAGAAUUACACACAGCUUCGUUUCAAUUAAUUUAUAUUCUAGUAUAUAUUUUCAUCAAUCAUUCACACAAUAUUAACAUACAACACAUUAAUAACUACUAUUUAUUUCUUUCUCUAGAUUUUCGAUAUGUUUCGAUCGAUCAAUGGUCACGAUCAUGUCGCCAUUUUUAUAAAUAUAAACGGUUUAUUGCGUUGCUUAAUGCUGACUUAAAUACAGUUGAAAUUUGGAUCCAAUUGCAAUGAUAUUGUGCACGUGUAUUGUACAAAGGGAGUAUUUACGUCUAGAAAUUUAACAUCCGUUAGUCCUUAAUUGAUCGCAAUAUGAGGUUUUAAAAAUAUAAAUUACCAGUAAUUAUAGUGUUAUAUAUCGAUGCUGUGUGGAGAUUUAGUGAACAACAAGAGUUUUCAGCACAACAGGCAACUGGAGCUGUGACUGGUGUUGCAGUAAACAGGCACAACUAGAAGAUGACAAGUAUACCUGAAUUCUUCAAGAAUCAGAGUGUCCUCGUGACAGGAGGGACUGGCUUCUUGGGAAAAGCGCUUUUGGAAAAGUUACUUCGUUCGUGCCCAGAUGUUGGUAUCAUCUACGUUUUGAUGCGGAAGAAAAAAGGAAAGGAACUCACUCAGAGAGUUCGUGACAUUACUGAUAUGCCGUUGUUCGAUGUCUUGAAACGUGCUAACCCUGAAAAUCUGAAAAAGAUCGUCCCUUUGUUAGGAGACUGCAAGCAGCUGGGUCUUGGCUUAUCACCGACUGACCGUCAGUUGAUAAAAGAGAAAGUGUCAAUAGUAUUCCAUUGUGCUGCUACUAUCAGGUUUGAUGAUACGCUGAAGAAUUCUAUCAUCCUUAACGUUAGGAGCACCAGAGAAGUCAUGAUCCUAGCCAGGAAUAUGAAAGAACUCAAGGUUGUUGUGCAUGUCUCUACUAUUUUCUCUAACUGUAACAGAAAAGUUACUGAUGAAGUCUUCUAUCCUACGACAAUCGACUGGAAGGAAAUGAUCGAUGUGGUGGAGAACAUCGAUGACAGUACUAUCGAUAUACUAACACCCAAAAUAAUAGGAACAUUUCCAAACACAUACGUGUAUAGCAAGUCACUAGCAGAGAAAGUGGUGAAAGACCUUGGUGUGAAUCUUCCUACAGUGAUUGUCAGACCUUCUAUGGUGUUUACUUCAUUGAGUGAUCCCUUUCCUGGCUGGGCGGACAGUUGGGGUGGCCCCGUCGCUAUAUCUGUAGGUGUUGCCAAAGGCAUUAUUCGAAAUUGUAAUGCAGAUCGCAAUGCUGUCAUGGAUAUUAUACCAGUUGAUACUGUCACAAAAAUAAUAUGCUCAGCGGCCCAUGAGAAAGCACUGUGUGGAGACAGAAUGGAGCCAUCUGUAUACAAUGCUUGCUCAUAUAGUCUGAAGAAAUUAACUUGGGGAUCAUAUACUGAGAUAUGUCUAAAAAUUUUGGAGGAAAAUCCCUUAGAUGAUAUCUUGUGGAUUCCAGGAAUAACUUUCAUAAAAAAUGAUUUACUUUUCUGGUUGAUGUCAAUUCUUUUUCAAGUUCUCCCCUCAGCUGUUCUCCACGGAAUCCUCAAACUUAAAGGGACCAAGUCACCGUUACUUUAUUUUCAACGAAAAGGUUACAUUGGCGCCCUUGGUGUAAAGUACUUUAACGGACAAUCAUGGGAAUUCAAGAAUAAGAACGUCCAAGAACUCAGGAAGAACUUGCUUCCAGCUGAUAGGAAGGAAUUUGACUUGGAUGAUUUUGAAUCCGUUAAUUUUAAGCAGUACUUCAGUGAUGCCUAUAAAGGGAUUCGUCUGUAUCUAAUGAAACAGCCUGCUUGUACAACACCAGACGGAUGGACACACUUCAGACGGAUGUACUGGUUGAACAUCAUAGUAAAUGGUGCAGUGGCCGGCCUCUUCUUAUGGACUGUACUUCACAGCCGACUGGCGCAGAAUUUGUUACCUUCUGCAUGAGGUUGACAUCAGUGGCACAAAUCCCUGUGCGAAUUAUUCACCCACAAAGCUUAAAUAUCAUUCCAAUGGCUUUCAUAUUUUUCAUGUAUCCAUAUUUUCUGCCAGCAGAAGCAGUAAAGAAAGGUGUGUGCUUAAACAAUGUGUGCAUAAACAUGGCUGAUUGGGAGGUUCAAAUAUUUAUCUCAGAUCCUUAAACCUUUUUUUUGUGAUUGGACCAGUGAUAUUUGGUAUGAUAUGAAAUAAAAUGUAUGCUGAUAUGAA